AUGGCUCAACGUCAGCUUUCUCGCACACUUCCCAAGAACUUUACGUUCCCGUCGCUGGCCGCCGACGGCGCAACGGAGGAGCCUCGAACCCCCGAGCGUCCCUCUCGCCAUGUCGACGUUCCCAGGGCUCCGCGCCACUCCUUCUCCAGCUGCCGUCUACCCCGCGUCCGCGUGCGCUCCGGAACCGAUGUAUGCGCUCGGAUGGAUCUCGAUCUUUUCCGAUUCCAAGGGUCAGGCACCGAAGAUGUGCCAUUGCCCUCGAUUGAAGUUCCCCAGCAAAGUACGUCAUAUGAUGGGCCAUACACCGCGGUGCCCGCCAACGUCAACGACAGCCGAUAUCUCGCGCCGCCUCACGAGCGCAUGAGUUUCAAGACGCCCCCGGCUCAGAUUCGUGGCACGCCCUGUGAAUCGCGCGAUGGCACCAACCCGUGGCCCUCCUGGGAUCAGACGCCGCUGGCGAAUAGCAUUCAACGACCCGGCUCCGCGUGCUCCAACCUGUCCGAUUCCUCGGUCGAAUCGAUCGAGACCUAUGCAUCGCGACCGUCCAUCGGAGGCGGCAGCUGUACGAGCGCUGAAAGCGACCUCGACGCUUAUUUCCCGCUGGAGAUCCCCAAGGAGCCCGAAAUGUCCUCUCCGACGCUGCCCAAGAAGCAGAAGGUGCAGCGCACGCAGGUCAAGGACAAGUCCUGGACGCGAGACAUGGACAACCACCUGUGGAAUACCUACCAGCUCUACUUGCAAGAUCCUACGAUGACUCCCUUCAAAAUGACGCCGGGUAGCAUCCCACCCCUGGGAGUAACGUCGCGAGUUGCGCGCCAAGCGAAGCGCACCUGGGAAAAGAAGCGACAGCGCUUGACCUCCACCCUGCCAAUUGCCGACCGCAGCGGAAGCUCCACCCCUAGGGCUGAUGAGCAGAAGUCGUCCAGGUCGGUCUGGCCCAAAUCCGAUGCGAAGACGCGCAGCCGUCUCAAGCACCUCUGCCGGCGCAAGUUCUGCAUCGCACCGCACUACCAGCGCAUGAUGCAGUCCCGCAGCCCCGAGCCGGUCGCCGAUAUGCUCGGUAACGCCGAGUCCCGUGUGCACACCUUCGCCGAAGGGAGCUGCACCACCUACGCAACUCGCGAUCUGGGUGUCUCGCUCGCUGCCUCGUUCGACCCGACUCCGCUGGCGCAAUUGGCCCAGCCACCGGUGGACCAGUCGACCGAAUGGUUCAACAGUCCCAUUCCGACGGCCACUCUCACUGCCGCCAGCCCCAAGACCAGCCCCAGGACGACCUUCUCUCAACCUUCCUCCUCCAACCAAUAUCUCCGCCCUCAACCUUACAACAUCCCGCCGCGCCUUGGGUCACCGUUCGUGUACAGCACCUGGGGUCCCGGAGGGUCGAACCGCCAAGUGUCCGACCUCCCAUCGGCACCUCGCCGUGAGACUGUCCACGUCCCUGGCCGCCGCAUGCGCCGCAACACCCACAUCCACUGGACACCCAAGGAAACGGAUGAUGUGUUUUCGAGCGAUGUGUACGUUGGGAAGGAUCCUUCCGAGGAGGAGGUGCACCGACGCCUGUCGGACUACAUGCACGACAACAAAUUCCAAGAUAUUGGUCACGGCCGUGUCCGCAUCCGCAACCGUGGGGCCACGACCGGUGCUGUUGGUGCUCGCGAUGUCAGCCAGCUGUUCUCUCCUCCUUCCUCGCUCAACUCCUCCCAGGCCGAGCCGGAAGAAACCACUCCGGUCUCGAAGCCUCCCGUCAACGCCUUCCUGAACCUGGGCGGGGAGAAUAUCAAGCGACUUGGCUCUCCAUUCAAAGUGGAGGGAGGGUUCAAGCGUAGCGAAGCUCCUGGCCGAUACAUUCGACACGCACCGUCUCUGUCGGACCCUUUCUCCAGCGGUGGUAUCCCGCCCUACACCGGUCCCGCGGGCAGCUCCACUCCCAUCCAGGAGCAGGGGAAGCCGUCGGUCCCAUCGCUGCAGAACCCAUUUGAGGAGGGUCUGACCGACGCCGAGCGGAUCCGCCGGCAAAUCCUGAGCAUGCCUUUUACGCGCAACUAA